AGCAAUACCAAUGUCCAGGCUUUGAGCAUUUCAUUAGUCCUUGACUCGAGUUCAACAAGACAUGCCAGAUCGAUUGUUAAUGACAAAAGAUUUUUAUUGGUGCAACAAACUUCCAACAACUCAACACCAGAAGGCACAAGGUCAUUAUCAAAUAUCAUCCCAAUAUCUGACUUUCUAUCCAUGACAUCAUAAUACAAAUAAUAGUGUAUACCAAACAGCAUAGUGGGUUAGAAUCUUCAAACAUCACUUGCUAAUUGUUUCUUAAACAUGGCCAGCUAAAGUGACAAAAAGUCUCCUCCUACCACCCCCCCAACCCUAGAUAAAAGCCUUCAGAAGACUUGAUCAAAUAUGUAUCACUCAAGUUUCUCCAACAAAUGAGUGGGAGAACUUUUGUCUUGAUUUUGUUCUUCUGGGCACUACUCACCAUUGUCACCCCUAUGCUUGUCCGCUUGUCCGCUUCUGCCAAACCCCACGUUGAAUUCAAGGCCAAGGGGGAAACACGAGAGGAGAUGUACACUAGGAGGUUUUUGGAGAUGUUGCCUAGAAGAGCACUUGUUCCUACAAUGCUGCACAAGGCUCCAUUGGCACCAGAGCCACCAGCUUCCGCACCAGCACCAGAACCAGAACCAGAACCAGAACCAUCAUUAGUAGUCAAUGGCCUAGAACUUUUUGUAGAUGGGGAUAAAUUGAUACCCCAUAAAGCACAUGAGCUGCUGCUCAGAUGAAUUUGGUCCGGAUUAUUGAGCAAACCAUCAUGAGACAAGUGUUCAUUUUUAUUGAGAAGGUGGUUGGGCACGAUUGUAAAUAGAAUGUUGGUAGGUUAUUUUACCAUAGAAUUUUUUUUUUUUUUAGUAUUCUUUUUUUCCCCCUUCCCUUGUGGUUAUUCUCAACAAUAAA